UGUAAACAAAUCAUUUAUAUUAAAUAUCGAAAGUGAUGUAAUAAAAGGAAUUCGAAGAAACUAUAGAAGAAGUCAAAACCAUAAAGGCAAUCACACCAAAGGUAGUGUCAAUGUGUAAAUUUUAUAAUAGGAAAUUAAAAAGAUUGUACGACCAUAGUUUGAAGCAAACCCAGAGUUGUUCUACCCAACCAAGGUUUUUGAUAAAUUUGGGUUUAGUAGAUGCAAAUGUCCAAAAUGUGGUGCAUAUUUUUGGAGACAUACAGAUAAAAAGACUACAUGUGGAGAUUCAAAGUAAUAGAAGAAUUCAAUAAAUUUUUAGUUGUGAAGGAAAAUAUUCUUUUAUUGGUGUAGGUACUGGUAAAGGGGCAAAAGGAAAUAAAAUAACAUAUGCUGAUGCUUGGAAUGGAUUCAAGAAAUCUUUAACAAGUGCAAGAGUACCAUGCACAGCAAUUGAUAGAUAUCCAGUUGUGGCAAGAUGGAGAAAUGAUGUUGAUUAUGUAGCAGCAGGAAUCUAUUGUUUCUAACCAUUUUGUGUAACAGGUGAAAUGGAUCCACCAGCAAAUCCAUUAAUUUGUCCAUAAUUUUGUGUUAGAUUUAAUGAUCUAGACAAUAUUGGUUUAACAGGUAGACAUUAUUCAGGAUUUAUAAUGCUUGGUAUAUAGACAUUCAAUUAUCCUGAUAAAUAUGUAUUCUUUAAAGAAGAAUGUGUUGAAUUUAAUUAUAGAUGGUUGACUGAAGAAUUAGAAAUUAAUCCAGAUGAUAUUACAUUUAUUGAGGAUGUUUGGGCAGGUGGUGGAAAUCUAGGUCCAUCAGUAGAAUACUUUGUAAAUGGAUUAGAAGUAGGAAAUAUGGUAUUUAUGUAAUAUAAAUAUUUCCAUGAUGGAUCAUAUGAAGAAUUACCUAUUAAAAUUAUAGAUACUGGAAUUGGAUUAGAACGUAUACCUUGGUUAGUAAAUGGUUCACCAACAAGUUAUUUUGAUGUAUUUGCUGGAGCAUUUGCAUUUUUGGCAUAAAAAUUAUAAGUUGAAUAUUCAAAUGAUGUUUGGAAAGCAUUUGGACCAUAUAGUUGUUUAUUGAAUGUUGAUGAGGUUGAAAAUGUUGAUAAGACAUGGGAAUUCAUAUCAUCAUAAAUUGGAUAUGAUGUUUAAACUAUAAAGAGAGAAAUUGAAUAAUUAAAAGAUAUGUAUAUCAUUUUAGAUCAUACACGUACUGUUAUGAUGGUAGUAACUGAUGGAUCAUUACCAUCUAAUGUUGGUGGUGGUUCUAAUAUUAGAAAUAUUAUUAGAAGAGUAUUUGCUGUUUUGAAGAAGAAUAAUUGGUGGGAUAAAUUAGGAAUGGAUGGAUUAUUAUAAUUAUUUUAAGAACAUAAAAAUGAUUUGGCUAAACUUUAUGGUCCAUUUGGUGAAUAUAAGAGUUUUGAUUAAAUUAUUAAAUAAGAAUAUGAAAGAUGGGCUAAAACAGAUGAUGAUAAGAAAGUUAAAUUAGAAAAAUUAUUAAAAUAAAAGAAUAAUUAAUUAAGUAUUGAUGAUUGGAUAUUUGCUAUGAGUACACAUGGCAUACCAGCUGAUACUAUUAGUCAAAUUAGUNCCAACCAAGGUUUUUGAUAAAUUUGGGUUUAGUAGAUGCAAAUGUCCAAAAUGUGGUGCAUAUUUUUGGAGACAUACAGAUAAAAAGACUACAUGUGGAGAUUCAAAGUAAUAGAAGAAAUCAAUAAAUUUUUUAGUUGUGAAGGAAAAUAUUCUUUUAUUGGUGUAGGUACUGGUAAAGGGGCAAAAGGAAAUAAAAUAACAUAUGCUGAUGCUUGGAAUGGAUUCAAGAAAUCUUUAACAAGUGCAAGAGUACCAUGCACAGCAAUUGAUAGAUAUCCAGUUGUGGCAAGAUGGAGAAAUGAUGUUGAUUAUGUAGCAGCAGGAAUCUAUUGUUUCUAACCAUUUUGUGUAACAGGUGAAAUGGAUCCACCAGCAAAUCCAUUAAUUUGUCCAUAAUUUUGUGUUAGAUUUAAUGAUCUAGACAAUAUUGGUUUAACAGGUAGACAUUAUUCAGGAUUUAUAAUGCUUGGUAUAUAGACAUUCAAUUAUCCUGAUAAAUAUGUAUUCUUUAAAGAAGAAUGUGUUGAAUUUAAUUAUAGAUGGUUGACUGAAGAAUUAGAAAUUAAUCCAGAUGAUAUUACAUUUAUUGAGGAUGUUUGGGCAGGUGGUGGAAAUCUAGGUCCAUCAGUAGAAUACUUUGUAAAUGGAUUAGAAGUAGGAAAUAUGGUAUUUAUGUAAUAUAAAUAUUUCCAUGAUGGAUCAUAUGAAGAAUUACCUAUUAAAAUUAUAGAUACUGGAAUUGGAUUAGAACGUAUACCUUGGUUAGUAAAUGGUUCACCAACAAGUUAUUUUGAUGUAUUUGCUGGAGCAUUUGCAUUUUUGGCAUAAAAAUUAUAAGUUGAAUAUUCAAAUGAUGUUUGGAAAGCAUUUGGACCAUAUAGUUGUUUAUUGAAUGUUGAUGAGGUUGAAAAUGUUGAUAAGACAUGGGAAUUUAUAUCAUCAUAAAUUGGAUAUGAUGUUUAAACUAUAAAGAGAGAAAUUGAAUAAUUAAAAGAUAUGUAUAUCAUUUUAGAUCAUACACGUACUGUUAUGAUGGUAGUAACUGAUGGAUCAUUACCAUCUAAUGUUGGUGGUGGUUCUAAUAUUAGAAAUAUUCAUUAGAAGAGUAUUUGCUGUUUUGAAGAAGAAUAAUUGGUGGGAUAAAUUAGGAAUGGAUGGAUUAUUAUAAUUAUUUUAAGAACAUAAAAAUGAUUUGGCUAAACUUUAUGGUCCAUUUGGUGAAUAUAAGAGUUUUGAUUAAAUUAUUAAAUAAGAAUAUGAAAGAUGGGCAAAAACAGAUGAUGAUAAGAAAGUUAAAUUAGAAAAAUUAUUAAAAUAAAAGAAUAAUUAAUUAAGUAUUGAUGAUUGGAUAUUUGCUAUGAGUACACAUGGAAUACCAGCUGAUACUAUUAGUCAAAUUAGUAAAUUACCAAUCCCUGGUAAUUUAUAUGCUGAAUUGGCAGAUAGAGCAGCUAGAAUUACUAAAGCACCUGAAGCUAUUCUUUAUAACACAGUACAUAUACCAGAAACUACUAAUUUAUAUUAUCAAACACCUAAAGAUGGUAAAUUCUAAGCUAAAAUUGUUACUAUAUUUAGUAAUGUUUAAUAAUAGAAUCUUCCUAAUAUAGUGAUUUUGAAUUAAUCUGCAUUUUAUCCAUUUGGUGGUGGAUAAGAAAAUGAUUAAGGUUGGUUAACUAUUUAAGGAGAAAGAUAUUUUGUUAAUAAUGUUUAGAAAGUAGGAAAGGCUGUGUUACAUAUUUUAGAAAAACCAUUACCAAAUGCAGUUGAUACUUAUGUUGGUUUAGAUGUUUAAGCUGAAAUAGAUUUAGAUAGAAGAUCUAUUUUGAGAAAUCAUCAUACAGCUACUCAUAUUGUAUUCGCAGCAUGUAGAAGAGUACUUGGACCUCAUGUUUGGUAGAAUGGUGCUCAUAAGAGUGUACAUAAUGCACAUCUUGAUAUUACUCAUUUUGCACCUUUAACAAAGGAGUAAGAAUAAGCAAUAGAGAAUGAAGUCAAUAAAAUAAUAUUAUCUGCAAAGUAAAUCAAUAAAGGAUUUAUGAAUAAAGCAGAUGCAGAAAAAGAAUAUGGAUUUAGAUUAUAUUAAGGUGGUAUUGUACCAGGAAAUGAAUUAAGAGUUGUUAAUAUAGAUGGAAUAGAUGUUGAAGCUUGUUGUGGUACCCAUUGUGAUAGCACAUCAGAAGUAGGAUGGGUUAGAAUUCUUAAAACUUAAAAAUUAUAAGAUGGUGUUGUUAGACUUUAUUAUGUUGCUGGAGUUAAGACUAUUGAAGUUUUAAAUUCAGAGGGAGAGAUGAUUAAUUCAUUAGUUAAAUUAUGGUCAAUAUCUAAGAAUUAAUUGGUUGAAGAAGGUAGCAAGAUAUUCUAAGAGAAGAAACAUUAUGAAUCUGCUUAUAAUGUAUCAUAUCAUUAUAAUAAUUAUAUUAGUAACUUAAGGCUGAAUUGAUCAAAUCAUAAAUGAAAUAUGUUAUUGAUGGUCCAAAUUAAAGAACACUUAUUCAAUCAAAUGAAUAAAAUCCAACUGCUUAUUUCAGUGAAAUUGGAAAGUAUAUCCAAUAACUCAAAGAUUCCAAGAAAGGUUUAUUGUUUGUUGCUGACACUUUCAUUUAUGGAGCCUUUGGUGAGAAUAAUUUCAAUGUAGAAGAGUUGAGUAAAUAAAUAGAGGAAGAAGGAUAAUAAUUGAAAAUGAAUAAGUAGAAUAAGAUUAGUGUUAAAGAUGGAAAGGUAUAAUAAAUAUAAUUAUAAAUUAAUAGAAAACUAUCUAAGUUAAUGAUGUGUUAACAUUCUCUAUCUUAGGUAAAUUCAAUAAGAAUAAAGCAACAAAGUAUCUUAAAGAGCAAGGUUUUGCUUAAUUUUGAGAUAAUAUAUAUANUAUUAUCAAACACCUAAAGAUGGUAAAUUCUAAGCUAAAAUUGUUACUAUAUUUAGUAAUGUUUAAUAAUAGAAUCUUCCUAAUAUAGUGAUUUUGAAUUAAUCUGCAUUUUAUCCAUUUGGUGGUGGAUAAGAAAAUGAUUAAGGUUGGUUAACUAUAUAAGGAGAAAGAUAUUUUGUUAAUAAUGUUUAGAAAGUAGGAAAGGCUGUGUUACAUAUUUUAGAAAAACCAUUACCAAAUGCUGUUGAUACUUAUGUUGGUUUAGAUGUUUAAGCUGAAAUAGAUUUAGAUAGAAGAUCUAUUUUGAGAAAUCAUCAUACAGCUACUCAUAUUGUAUUCGCAGCAUGUAGAAGAGUACUUGGACCUCAUGUUUGGUAGAAUGGUGCUCAUAAGAGUGUACAUAAUGCACAUCUUGAUAUUACUCAUUUUGCACCUUUAACAAAGGAGUAAGAAUAAGCAAUAGAGAAUGAAGUCAAUAAAAUAAUAUUAUCUGCAAAGUAAAUCAAUAAAGGAUUUAUGAAUAAAGCAGAUGCAGAAAAAGAAUAUGGAUUUAGAUUAUAUUAAGGUGGUAUUGUACCAGGAAAUGAAUUAAGAGUUGUUAAUAUAGAUGGAAUAGAUGUUGAAGCUUGUUGUGGUACCCAUUGUGAUAGCACAUCAGAAGUAGGAUGGGUUAGAAUUCUUAAAACUUAAAAAUUAUAAGAUGGUGUUGUUAGACUUUAUUAUGUUGCUGGAGUUAAGACUAUUGAAGUUUUAAAUUCAGAAGGAGAGAUGAUUAAUUCAUUAGUUAAAUUAUGGUCAAUUUCUAAGAACUAAUUGGUUGAAGAAGGUAGUAAGAUAUUCUAAGAAAAGAAACAUUAUGAAUCUGCUUAUAAUGUAUCAUAUUUUUAUUAUAAUUAUAUUAGUAACUUAAGGCUGAAUUGAUCAAAUCAUAAAUGAAAUAUGUUAUUGAUGGUCCAAAUUAAAGAACACUUAUUUAAUCAAAUGAAUAAAAUCCAACUGCUUAUUUCAGUGAAAUUGGAAAGUAUAUUCAAUAACUCAAAGAUUCCAAGAAAGGUUUAUUGUUUGUUGCUGACACUUUCAUUUAUGGAGCCUUUGGUGAAAAUAAUUUCAAUGUAGAAGAGUUGAGUAAAUAAAUAGAGGAAGAAGGAUAAUAAUUAAAAAUGAAUAAGUAGAAUAAGAUUAGUGUUAAAGAUGGAAAGGUAUAAUAAAUAUAAUUAUAAAUUAAUAGAAAACUAUCUAAGUUAAUGAUGUAUUAACAUUCUCUAUCUUAGGUAAAUUCAAUAAGAAUAAAGCAACAAAAUAUCUUAAAGAGCAAGGUUUUGCUUAAUUUUGAGAUAAUAUAUAUAAAGAAAGAUAAAUAUAAUCAAAC